CAAUCCUUCAUGGGCUUAUCAGCUCUAUCAGUUUUGAUAUACAAGAGAUAUCGAGAGUACCCUAAUCGAAGACCUUGGAAGAUCUGGUUUUUUGAUGUUUCCAAGCAAGUUAUUGGUGGGAUAUUUAUCCAUUUUUUAAAUUUAUCUUUAAGUUUUCUAAAAAAUGGAGUUAUACCAAAUCAUUAUUUAUAUUCCGGUGUUGAUGGCAAUAGUAUUUCCGGUGAAACUAAUGGCAAUGAUGAUAAUAAUGACAAUGGGAAUCCCUGUAAUUGGUAUUUUUUAAAUAUAUUGUUUGAUACAACAAUUGGUGUCCCUAUACUUUGGUUAUUGAUUUACAUUAUAUUUGAAGGUGGGAAAAGAGCUCAAAUUAGUGGAAUCAGUUCAGGGGAAUAUGGCAAUCCACCUAGUUUUUGGAGUUAUCUGAAACAGUUGGUUUUAUAUGUGGUGGCAUUAAUUUCAAUGAAAUUGAUUGUUUAUAUUUUAUUGAUUUCAGUGCCGAUAUUUGAGGAGAUUGCUGACUGGUUACUAAGCAGAUUCGAUAAUGUUCCAAAUCUUCAAAUCUUUAUAGUGACAUUUUUAACACCAUUGUUAAUGAACUGUUUUCAAUAUUUCUGUAUUGAUAAUAUAAUUCAAAGUUCUCAAUAU